UGCCUUCUCACCCAAAUUUCAGAUCCUAAACAUUUUAGCCUCGACUUCUACAAGCACCAUGUCUGCAACUAAGCCCACCUCAGCUCCGCUUUUAACACCCUACCAAAUGGGUCCUUACAAUUUGGCUCACAGAGUGGUUUUGGCUCCUCUAACCAGGCAAAGAUCCUACAACAACAUUCCUCAACCGCAUGCAAUUUUAUACUACUCUCAGAGAACAACCCGCGGGGGCUUGUUGAUCGCAGAGGCAACAGGGGUCUCUGAUACUGCUCAAGGGUAUGUAGAUACGCCUGGAAUAUGGACGCAGGAGCAGGUUGAAGCCUGGAAGCCCAUUGUGAAGGGUGUGCAUGAGAAAGGGGGGAUUUUCUUCUGUCAAAUAUGGCAUACCGGAAGAGUUUCUCAUGUGGAUUAUCAGCCUAAUGGCCAAUCUACAAUUUCGUCCACAAGCAAGCCAAUAUCUGGAAAGAUCCCCUUACCGAAUCGAAAAGAUGUGGCAGACUUCUCUCCCCCUCGGCCUUUGAAAACAGAGGAAAUUCCCAAAAUUGUUGCAGAUUUUCGCAAUGCUGCCAGAAAUGCUAUUGAUGCAGGGUUCGACGGUGUUGAAAUCCAUGGGGCUCAUGGGUACCUUCUCGACCAGUUCAUGAAAGACAGCGUGAACGAUCGAACCGAUCGCUAUGGAGGAACAUUGGAGAAUCGUUGCAGAUUUGCUCUUGAAGUUGUGGAAGCAGUGGUGGAUGAAAUCGGAGCAGAGCAUGUGGGAAUUCGACUUUCUCCAUUUUCUGCUCAUUCAGAAGCGUAUGAUUCAAAUCCGGAGGCGCUGGGGCUUUACAUGGCGGAGGCUCUGAAUAAAUACAACAUUUUAUAUGCACAUUUCGUUGAGCCCAGGGUUGUUAAUUCGCAGACCACAAUAGCGAGUGAAAAGAGCCUUAUUCCCCUCAGGAAAGCAUUCAAGGGGACAUUUUUGGCUGCAGGGGGGUAUGAUCGGGAUGAUGGCAACGAAGCUAUUUCCAGUGGCAAAGCAGAUUUAGUGGUUUAUGGGCGACUGUUUUUGGCAAAUCCAGAUCUGCCAAAAAGAUUUGAGUUGAAUGCGCCUCUGAAUAAAUAUCACAGAGAAACAUUUUAUACUUCCGAUCCUGUCGUUGGAUACACAGAUUAUCCAUUCCUCGAAUAUUGAAUUCGUUUCUCUCCCAAUGUAAUAAUGCCUUCUUCAGAAAUUCGAAACUUGAAAGAGUUCUCAUUAAAAUUGUAGGCUGUUUAUCUUAUGCUGCGGCACAAUCAAUUUUCAACACCAUCACUCUUCAUCUAGAUUACAUUGAAGAGUGCUCUGUUGGAAUCAAUGCUCCAACAGAAACAUGUGGAUGUGUCAUGAUCGUUAUUAGAUUAGUUCAGUUUGUUGUCUUUGGCGCAGUUUGCUGUUUCAGUUAGCUGUCAAAUUAGCUGUUUUAUACGAAA